AUGAGCCUCACAUCCGAUCUUGAAGAAAUUUCGAUAGAGCUGGGUAGCGACCAUGACUCUUCUUAUGACGACUCUCUAUUCGAAGAGGCCGACGAUGAUGACGACAAUUUUGUAUUCUCGAGCAAGUCUGUUCCGCUGGUCAAAGAACUGAUGAAGCGUCUCCUCAAAGUAUACGGCAGCUUGAAAGAGAAAAGCACAGCUGUGGAGAACGAAAUAGCAUCUACGAUGGGCUCUAUCAAUGAAGAGGAGGUAGGCCCGCCACAGGCUCUCACUAGCAGCGCCAUCGCUGAGCGCGAAUACACCCUGCGGAGCCUCCUUGAGCUGCAAGAGUUAUAUGGUUUCUUGUGGGCCAGGCUGCUGUAUGUGUUGAAUGAGGAAAAUGAGCGAUGUUCAGACUCCUACAUGACAACACUGAAAAUGCAGGAGCGGGUGCCCUUUGAGUCCCUGGCUCAUACAAUCCACCACAACACUGUUUUCUGUGAUCACAUGGGCGAGGUUCUCGACCUCAACUACGAGCAGCAGCUCAACAGGGAAGAAACGAGGAAUGCCGUUGGCUGCGAUCUACUUGUUGAGUUUUACACCCGAAUGGAGCGCACCCAGUGCACUGCUUCACACUGCGCGCUAUUGGUCGUAGAGGGCUCGCGCGAGAGCUUUCUCGAUCCGAUCUCUAUGUACGACUUGUGUAAGUCUCUCGCUACGGAGAAAAACCCUCGCCAGCGGCUUAUCCCCCUAUCGCUCAUGUUCAGUAUGCUCGAUCAAGACGAACAAACUGUGUCGGAAGCGCUAGCACAGAAUAUGCCGAAGGUUCUGCUGCAGCGCUUUCGCCACUGGGUUCAUCAGUUAUAUGGAUACUUUCCGCUUUACAGGGAAACUACGCUGACCUCGCGCUCCCAAAGAAGGUCUCCGCAGCGGUACCGGUCGGCCGCCGUGCCUAGCGACAUAGACUCACAGCCCAACUCGCGCAGGUCCUCGCCAAGCCGAUCCCCGAUUCUGACGCAGCAGCGAGUGCAAGAAGUGGCAACAGAUGAAGCGGGAGAAGCCUCGCCUGUGGCUAAAACCACCCCAGACUUGCCGCUGCCACACUCCACAGAACCAAAUUUCAUAACCGAGGGCUCACCUCCCGAACCUACAGGGAAUGGUGUGCGGAAGCGGCAACGGCGCAAGCAGAUUUUAACACAACGGGCCCUUAAGAAUGCGCGCCAUGAAGGUCCCACUGGGGUAGAGUUUUAUCUCGAUGAAUGGAUUCCGAAAGCUGGCGACCGAGUUGGGCGCGGCCCAGGCUGGAAAAGCGGCCAACAAGGCAAAGGGUGUGACUACGGUAUCGUUGAGGGGUUCACAGAAAAUGAGGUGCUUGUACGCUGGAUUCCGAGCCUGGACCUGCCAGCGGUAGGGGAGCAGGACCGUCUUUUUCUGUACCAGUUUAGCUCGCCGUACUACGAGGUAGUUCCAUGGGAAACAUACCUGCGUGUGAAAACUAUGAGAGUGACGCAGGCAGACAUCCGGAUGCUGGAGCUUCUUCAAAUUGGUAUCGUGGCCGGUAUUCUGUGUCAGCAAAGUGAUGCUGUUCUUCCUAUUUUGCAGUUUCAGACAAUCGAGUCUGCGCUCAAGGUACUGGACUCUAUCGACAUCAGUGCCCGAUUCCUCGAAAAUGAGCAAGCGCGCGAAGCUGCAGAGCGCUCAGUGCGCCAAACACUUGCCGAACACAAAGUAGACGAGGCCACACACGAAGAAAUGGUAGCCAGCCUCCUGCAGUGGGAUGUGAGCCUCAUUUCAAUAAAACGCUGCUAUCGCUUGGAGCGUGAGAUGCUGGCCCGCAUUGGGUGGGUGCUCAGUGCGGUCCUAUCCCACAAGAAACUUGCGUUUCUCUUCCUAGAUGCUGACGGUGUCAGCCGCAUUCUACGUGUAGUACAAGGCAAGUUGGAAGCGUACACGACAUACGGUUGCGCCAUUGUCCUUUCCCAUCUGGCCAAAACCGCGGUGUUUGAGGAGCUGCUACGACGCCAGCGGAGCCACUUCGAGCCGAUCAUGCAGUUCAUCAUUGACCAGUGGAAGCACACAACAAACAGUGAUGUGCAGAGCAGUGUGGGUGCGUUUCUCUUCCACUCACUGAGCUUUCCUAUCGUGAUUGACUACUUUGAAGCCGAAAACGGUCCAAUGGAGUCCAUCGAGGCGCUGGAACGGUGCCUCAAGGUUUCGGAGGAGCAGUUCGACGUGAUGCACAGCGACUUGCUCCUCGCACUGCUGCGAUGUCUUAACAUCUACCUCGUGACGCACUUGAUGCUCUCCACCAAGGUGAUCUUCCGGAAGCACCGGGUGCUGUCGGCGCUGGUCACACAGUCGUCGCGCAUCACGUCCCUGCCGCGGGAUCCGCCAACAGUCGACGCAAUCCUUGGCUUCCUCGCUGCGCCGUCGCCUGGGCUGCCUGGUGUGUCGGCCGAAAACGUGCAGAGUUUGUUGACGGCGGAGCGACUUGGCGCCAUCCAGCAGCUCGUAGACAUCGGAAUUCACACACUCCUUCUCCGUUGCGCCAAUUUCUUCUUUGUUCAAAGUCGGUGGGACCUACUUAUCGCGUCACUGCAGGCGCUGUGCGCGCUGACUGUUAUUCCGUAUGUGCGGCCGCUGAUAGCCGAAGUGCGCUCGCACGAGUCUGGAAUAGCGCAGCUUCUAGCCAUUGUCAACGAUCUUGCAGUUUCGUACCAGAACCGCAACACUUCCCGUGAGGGGCACCUUCUCCCGUGCGUAGUGGCAGCGCUUCAGAUCCUCAUCCAUAUCACAAAUCCACCAGCAGACGUAGCGGAUGAAAACGCUGUUGCGAAUUUCAACAACGCCUGCGGUGCCUUCCGCGCGAGUGACGGCGUGCGAGCACUCCUGGAGGUGCUCAAAAUUCGAAAGGAUGCUUCCAUGUCGGCAAAGCUCAACUACUUCCCUGUAGUGGCACGAGCGGUGCAGUUGAUGGCGGUGCUCCGGCGAUACAGCGACACGGCGAUUCUUUUCGAAGCGCUCAACAUACGAACGCUGGUGCAGGACCUCUCCGCCCAGUACAGCGAUGUGCAACGUGAGUUCAUCUCCGUCGUCGGGGCCCGCAAGCUUCCAACAGAGCUUGGCCCGGCUGGACACUUCAUGGACAACCUCAAGUCAUUCAUGCCCAGUGCCUUUGGCGGAGUGAGCCAAGCCGAUGUGGUGAAGGUGCACGCUGUCGAUCCGCUGGAAAUGGAACAACGGCAAGCCAUUAUCGGUCGUGCGGUGGUUGACUACUCUAAAGAGUCGCUGCUCCAGCUCAUCGCAGAACACCUGGACAGCGAAGGCCUCGCCGCGGCAGCGGCCACGUUGCGGAGCGAGAGUGGCAUCAAAUCGUCAGCCGCUACAGCUGCGCUAUGCAGCGAUGGUGCCACCGCCACAUCGAUGUCGAUCAGUGAUGCAGCCGCCAAGGGGCCGACGCCUUCGCUGGACGGUGUCAUACGGUCGUACCUGCGCCAACAACAGGAGCGCUGUCCAAACCCCAUCGAAACCCUUCCGCAGUUCGACCUGACGAAGAAGCACGUAUACCUGCCGCUGCCCAUCCCGCUGGACGACACGCGGAACGAGUUCAACCGUCUGCUGUGGCGCCGCUGCGGUGGCAAGUUCACGCUGCGCACGCAAACGAAUGCUAACUGGCUCACGUACCGCUACCCGGCGUUCAUGUUCGACAUCACGGGGAGUGGAGAAGAGCUGCAAGGGGAAAGUGUGGUGUUCUGCGACAGCGGUGACUCCAUCGUGAUUGGUACCUCUGAGGGCUCCGUUGCUCUCUUCGACACCUUCCCUGAGGAGACGCCAGAUGAGAAGCUACUCGAGCAACACCUGGUCUUUGAGAACGAAGCCAUCUCAGCUCUUGUCGUCUCGGACGACGGCAACCUCAUCGCAGCCGUCAAUGACUCACACAAGGCUCACGUGAUGCGUCGCAACCUCCUGCCAGUGGCACAGCAGGAGCUGACGGAGUGCCGCACCCUGCGCUUUUCGCGCGACAACCGACUCGCCGUCGUCACGAGUGAGGAGGAACACGCCUGUCGUGUACACGACCUAGUCACCGGAGUCGAGCUGCGUACCCUGUCAGACCCUAUCUGGACAGGUGAGAACAUGGCAAACGUGGCCUUGUUCGACUGUACCUCGCAGCUGGUGCUCAACGACUCCAUCCUGUGGGACCUGCGGAUGCCCGAGAAGCCGAUCUUUCGCUUCGACCGGAUCACCGAGUCAUUCGCGAGCACCUUCCACCCAAAGCUGCCUCUUGUCAUCAUCGAUGAAAAAGUAUGGGACAUGCGAACGUGGCGCAUGAUGCAGACGGUCCCAACGUUUCAGAAGACGACCAGCUUCCAUUGCUCGAAGGCGGGCCGAGUAUUGUACAGCUUCCGCGAGGCCUCUCGUAUCUCCGGUACGCACCUCCCUAUCGUCUCGGCAGUGGACAGCUACACUCUUGACAGCGUCUUCUCCGAGGAGGUGCGGCCUUCCUUUAAGGCCUUCGCUGUCGAUCCAUCUGACCGCUAUUGCGCCGCCAUUCUCGACCAAGACAUCGACUCCGUUAUCCGACUCUUCAGCCUCUCAGCCGGCCCGUACCCGGAUCACGGCGCCUUUGCUUCGCCCGCCGUACAGGAAGAUCAGGACAGCACGAUGGGCACCGAUGACGAUGAGGAGAUGGAACAGUGGUCGAUACAGGAUGACGACUACGACACGGACGACUCGACUAACACCAACGAUGACGAAUUCGAGGAGGAUGACGAUGACGACAGCUACGACGACGAGGAUGCGGAAGAGGAGUUCGAGGAAUGGGAAGAAGAUAGCGGCACCGGGACGGACUCGGGUUCUGACGAGCAGGGAAGCACCCAGGCGUCAUCUCGGCACACCAGCUAG